AUGAGGUCUAAUAUCUCAUCUGCUCUAUUAAUCUGUGUACCAGGAAGAAGGAAGGAAGGAUGGGAGCGCGGGCGAGACAGGGGUGACGCAUGCGCGCGCAAGGGCGGCUGCGCGCAGUCGCCACGCGCCCGUCCUCUAAACAACAUGGCGUGCAAGGACAUAUUCGACAGCCCCGAAAAAUAUAACCAGCUGUGCAGUGUU